CGCCCCGGCCGGGUCCAAGUUGGACAGGACGGAAAGGCGGCAAUAAACGCUCGCGGGGGACGCAGAGGCCGCCGGAGCGAGCGGCAAGUCCCAGCCCCUGGCGGCGGAGAGGGCGGGAGGGAGCCGGAGCGAGCGAGCGCGCGCCAAGAGCGAGCCAUGCACGUAAAGAAACUGACACCCGGGCCCCCCACUUCUCCUGCACGUUGCUGGCAAUCAGAUCGCGUUUAAGCAAUUUCCUGAGCCCAAGAAUAGCAAUGAGUCGGGAGACUUUCGCGGGCUGAAAUUGGGAGCUCCAAGCACUUUUCCCCCCACUUUUCCCCCCCCUUCCCUGGAGAAGGGGGAGGGGGGGCGCUACAAUUUGAAAACUGCCUUUUUUUUUUUUUUUUUUUUUAUCUUGCACUUUGAAACCACAGGGCUGUAGCCGGGUGCGCGCGUGUGGUUGGUGCCUCUUUUUUUUUUUUUUCCUUCCCUGCCUAAACUCCUCUGUCAGCCUGUAAACAUUACCUGAGGAUUCCCCAGCCGAAACGGCUGCUGGGGCAAGAAACUUCUUGUUAGAACUUUCCACCUCCGGCUUCCCCUCCACCCCUCUUACUGUCCCAACCUUCUGAGACGCCUUUUUCUCCACCGGAGGAGGAUUUUAUCUUCUUUUCUUCUUAUUAUUUUUUUAAUUCGCACCCGGUGCUUUGCAUUUGAGAAGAGCUGGUUUCAAGAGGGGCCAACUGGGACGCUUCUCUCCUUCCUUAUUUGUCUUAUUUAUUCUUUUUUUUUUUUUUUUUUGGUGGUGGUUUUUUUUUUUUUUUUUUUUUUGAACUCCUGUGCGUUCGGUCCGGGGAGUUUCGCUCCCCCUGCCCAGCUCCGCGGCGCGGAGGAUGGUGUGGAAAUGGCUCGGCGCGUUGGUGGUGUUCCCUCUGCAGAUAAUCUACCUGGUGGCGAAAGCAGCCGUGGGACUGGUGCUGCCCGCCAAGCUGCGGGACCUGUCCAGGGAGAACGUCCUCAUCACCGGCGGCGGCAGGGGCAUCGGGCGCCAGCUCGCCCGGGAGUUCGCAGAACGCGGCGCCAGGAAGAUCGUUCUCUGGGGCCGGACCGAGAAAUGCCUGCGGGAGACGACAGAGGAGAUUCGGCAGAUGGGCACCGAGUGUCACUACUUCAUCUGUGACGUGGGCAACCGGGAGGAGGUGUACCAGACGGCCAAGGCUGUCCGGGAGAAGGUGGGCGACGUCACCAUCCUGGUGAACAACGCGGCCGUGGUGCACGGGAAGAGCCUGAUGGACAGCGACGACGACGCGCUGCUCAAGUCCCAGCACAUCAACACGCUGGGCCAGUUCUGGACCACCAAGGCCUUCCUGCCGCGCAUGCUGGAGCUGCAGCACGGCCACAUCGUGUGCCUGAACUCGGUGCUGGCGCUGUCGGCCAUCCCGGGCGCCAUCGACUACUGCACCUCCAAGGCCUCGGCCUUCGCCUUCAUGGAGAGCCUGACCCUGGGGCUGCUGGACUGCCCCGGCGUCAGCGCCACCACCGUGCUGCCCUUCCACACCAGCACCGAGAUGUUCCAGGGCAUGCGCGUCAGGUUCCCCAGACUCUUCCCGCCACUGAAGCCCGAGACCGUGGCCCGGAGGACGGUGGAAGCCGUGCAGCUCAACCAGGCCCUCCUCCUGCUCCCCUGGACCAUGCACGCCCUCAUCAUCCUGAAGAGCAUCCUCCCCCAGGCGGCCCUCGAGGAGAUCCACAAGUUCUCAGGAACCUACACCUGCAUGAACACUUUCAAAGGGCGGACAUGAAGGCAGGACACACGAGCACUGUGCGAAGCUACGGAGCCGGAGGGGCCACGGCGCCCGGGCACACACACCGUGCUCCCGCCCUGGGGGAGCCCGUCUGCCUCGGCCUCAGGGAACACCGGCUACCCCUCAGCCAGCCCCAGGACCUUUGCACAGGACUGGAGGGCUCAACUCUGACCCCCAUGGGGAGGCAAGAAGCCAGCCAGGUGCCGCCUCGACACUUCUGUCCAUUUCUCGUUCCGUAGAGUUUACGGUUCAGUCGCUUCUCGAGCCCACGCCUCUGCAGAGCGCAGAGACUGUUUCUGGGAGGUUCCGUCCCGGAAGUGCCUCCUUCCCCUCCAGAAUCCACGCGUCCUCGGCUUGUGCAAACUGGGUGAACGGCAGGAACGGAAAAAUAAAAGUCAUGGCUUUUGA